AUGUCACAACUUCAAUCCUUAUACCAAUAUAUUUGGCUUCCAGAUCAUCUAGCCACCCACUACGACUGGCUUAAAUUCACAGAACCAACCUGGAAUCUCACAACCUACCGCAUAACCUACACCCCGAAAUCCGGAGCCUCUUUCCCCGCGAUAGUCGAGCUUAUUACAGCAGCAUACCUCAAGGAUAAAUUCUACAAAGAACACGAGUAUCUGCUCGGAAAAAGUCGCCUAGGGCGAGGUCGCACAGUAACCGAAGAUGAUAUAGCCGUCUUUGAUGAAAUGUGGGCUAAAUGCGAGCCACGUGUUAUUCAAGAUGCGAAGCAGUUCGGCGGGGCAUCGAUAGAUGAUCAUACCCGGUGUCACUUUGAAGGCUGGGUGGAGGAGCGGGAUAUGGCCGAUAGGUUUCCGGAUUAUCGGAUGUUUACCGUUAUCGACGAGGAAAGUCUGCAGUCUUUACUGAGCGGUCCUGUCCCCGAGGAACGUCAGGUAGGGAUGCAGUACAGGAUUGGUCAUUAUGCGAAGCUUGUUGAGGCGUGGCAAGAGAUAUAUCCACCGCCGUUUAUGGGCUGGAUGAAGUGUUCUCUGCCCGGGCUUUGGGAUAUAUGGCGGAAUAUGCAGGAUGGGUGUUACAUGAAGGAUAGUGCUCGUUUGUAA